AUGGAUUCAACAGAUCACAAACCCGACCCGGUCUCUCCCCUGACGCAGAAACCAGAUCCGGAACCUGCUGAGAUCAAACCGAGGCUGAGCAGGAACAGGUCAGUUGCUGCAUCAGAGCAUCCGUUUCACUCACCGAUGAAGCCUGCUGUGUCUAUGAUGAGAAGAUCUUCCUCUGUGAGCUCUGCCACCACGUGGCCUCUUCCUUCCAACGAAGGAGAUGAUAAAGAGAAUGCGCAUGAGAAGAAGAAGAUCAAGAAAAAAACAUUCGUUAAAGCUUGUAAGCGAUUCUUUGGGAUCUCUUAAGUGUUUUUCCUCUCUCUAGUCUCUGUCUACCAUAUAAUAUAGAUCUGAAUGUUAUUUCCCAUUACUGUCUUCUCGCUCUUUAUGAAACGUUUUAAUACAAGAACAUGUUCCUUAUAAUUGUUAUCGACUGUUUUGAAAAUUAGAUCAGUGAUUUUGACGUAUUUUUCUUUAUGGAUCGAUGAUCUUAAUUCAC